UUAUACACUAUAAAUAAUAAAUAUUUCUUGGCGUUCAUUUCAGAAAUAGAUGAUUGCCUUCCUAAUCCUUGUAAAAAUGAUGGCACCUGUUAUGAUCUUGUCAAUAGUUUUCAAUGCAUAUGUCCUCCUGGAUUUACUGACCAAAACUGUAGUAUAGAUAUGGAUGAUUGCUUAUAUAACCCAUGCACAAAUGACGGAACCUGCUAUGAUAUGAUCAAUGAUUUUCAAUGCAUAUGUCAUCCUGGAUUUACUGACAAAAACUGCACAACAGAUAUCGAUGAUUGCUUUCCGAACCCAUGUAAAUCUGCCGGAACCUGUAAUGAUCUGGUCAAUGAUUUUCAAUGCAUCUGUCCUCCUGGAUUUACUGACAAAAACUGUAGCACAGAUAUCGAUGAUUGCUUUUCUUACCCCUGUGAACAUUGCGGAACCUGUAUUGAUUUGGUCAAUGAUUUUCAAUGCAUAUGUCCUCCUGGAUAUACUAACAAAAACUGUACUACAGAUAUCAAUGAAUGCUUAUCAAACCCAUGUGCUCAUGGCGGAACCUGCAUUGAUCUGGUCAAUGAUAUUAUAUGCAUGUGUCCUCCUGGAUUUACUGGAAAAAACUGUAGCGCAAAUAUUGAUGAAUGCUUACCUCAUCCAUGUGAACAUGGCGGAACCUGUAAUGAUCUAGUCAAUGAUUUUGAAUGUAUAUGUCCUCCUGGAUUUACUGACAAAAAUUGUAGCAGAGAUAUCAAUGAUUGCUUUCCUAACCCAUGUGAAAAUUGCGGAACCUGUUACGAUCUGGUUAAUGAUUUUCAAUGCACAUGUCCUCCUGGAUAUACAGACAAAAACUGUACUGCAGAUAUUGAUGAGUGCUGGACUAACCCAUGUUAUAAUAACGCUACCUGUAAUGAUAGGAUUAACGACUUUCAAUGCGUAUGUCUUCCUGGUUUUACUGACAAAACCUGUAGCACAGAUAUCAAUGAGUGCCUACCCAGUCCAUGUAAACUUAACGCUACCUGUAUUGAUCUGGUCAAUGAUUUCCAUUGCAUGUGUCCAUCUGGGUUUACUGACAAAACAUGUAGCACAGGAAGUUUUGUAGUAACUGAUGACGCCUUUUCACCUAAAAUUACCAACUUGAAGUUGAAAAUAGUAUUUCAAAAAUAUGUGGCAUGUAGCUGAUACGUAUUUGGAUAAAGUGCAAAUCAAGAAACUUGAAAAUGUUUGCAGACAAAGAUCCUGUAAACAGAAUGAGAAGACAACGUCACUGUUAUUAACCGCAGCCAUUGUAAACUACGACAAGCAUGACAAAACAACAGUUGGAGGAUUUGAAAAGAUGUUUACUGACAAGAUAAUUUUAACCAGAAACAAAUAUGUUUUAGUUACCAAAGUGUAUUCAACAUAAUAGAUUAAAACAUGUAAAAGAC